UAGCAAAAAUAUAUGAAGAAUGUGUAUAUAAUUUUCAAUGUUCUUCCACAAUGCAUAAUACAUUAUGCAGAAAUGAAAAAUGCCAAUGCAUGUAUGGUUAUAUGUUUAAUGGAGUAGCAUGCACCAUAAGAAGAUCCAAAUCUAAAGGUGAAGAAAUAUACACUGCUGCUCUAGUAGCAGUUUCUUGCAUCAUGGUGGCAGUCACCUGCAUUCUUAUAGUAUGCGUUGUAAAAAAAUCUUCACAAUUGAGGAAUUAUCAGCAUAGAAAUUCUAGAAGUGGUCAGCCCAAUGAUGUUUUCACUAUAGCAGAUGAGAUUGCUGCUGUCAGAGCAGCCGAUAAACCUCCAACGUACGAAGAAGUAAUGAGGAACGAAGAAAUGGUAAUGAAUCUAUUCUUUCAAUAAAAAUUAUAUUUCUUA